AUGCCUGCCAUGGCCAACGAGAAAGCUGCACCUGCCUUCAUGGAACUUCCGCUCGAAGUGCGACACACCAUCUUCGAGUAUGUGGCUGCCCGCAAUGUCAAGCCCAAGAAGCUGCUCCGCUACUGGUUCGAGAAGAAAGAGGUAAAGGCGCUCAUCGAGCAGGAGGCCAUCAACAACCCCAACGGUCCCACACCGCGGGUCGUAUAUGACAACGACUACGAUGACUAUGAUGAUGACGAUGACUACAUCGCCGCAUCUGACGAUGAUGGUGAAGAUGACGACGAAGACGAGAACGAGGAUGCGGAUGAGGACAUUGGGAACGAAGACGAAGACGAGCAUGAGCAUGAAGAAGUAGAGCAGGAAGAGGAUAGCGGCGGUGAAGAUGAGGCCGGAAUCUACGUUGAGGAUGCGGAGGAGGAAUCAGAGGUAGCUGUGGACGGCGCGCAAACCCUUCAGCCAGCACUUACUCAAGCUACGGCUCAAGUCAACCUCAGCAAUCAGCCCGCAGACAAGAUAAAGGAGGACGCCGGCCAAGUACACGUUGAAGAUGACGAGGAGGAUGAGGAAGAUGAGGAGGCGGAGGGCGUCCAGGCAAGUACCGGAGAAGAGGGUGGCAAUGGCAGCGAGGACGACGACGACGACGAAGAAUUGGCUGAUGGUGACGGCAACACUGGUACCGCAGUCGCUUCUGUUCAACCUCCUCCUCCAGCGCCUGUAGUCCGGCCCCACGGCAAGUGGCGACAUAUACCCAACUUCAUGCGCCUCACUCAGUGCCCUCCGCCAGUCCAGCUCCUGUUGACUUCCCAGCAGCUGAAUAACGAAGCCAAGAACUGGUUCUACGAUGUAGCCAUCUUACGCAUCGAUGCUACUGGCAGCUUCGCCCAUACGUCCUUCUUCGAAGAGGCAUUCAGCCAGAUCACUGACGCAGCGUUUUCCCCCAUGGAGAACAUCCGCAAGGUUGAUGUGACUUUCGUUUGGGAUUCGACCUGGAUCCGCGCGGAUACAACUGAUUGCGUCGAAGCCAUCUUCCCUGCCCUUCUUCGUCAGCGCUCAAGCUUCGUAUAUCAGAUUUUGUUACAAGCGCCGGACUUGCGGGAGGUCGUCAUCCACUGGCACGACUCCGCCCAAGACGACGAAAGCACUAACCUGAUGCUUGACAGCCUUGCGCCGUUCCGCACUCUGCCUGCUACUGUCAAGAUCAUCGAGCACUAUAUCGCUGCGGAUGCGACGCCCAGAAAGUCCAGCAUCGCUGGCAAGCGUCGUGUUGAGUUCCAGAACAUUCUCGACAUGGGCCUCGAUCAGCUUUUUUAA